CAGCCGGGAGAGACGAUGGCCAAAUGGCUGAACAAGUACUUCAGCCUAGGCAAUAACACGACCAAGAGUACUCCACAGCCUCCGCGGCCCGACUACCGAGAGAAACGCAACGGUGCCGGCAACGGGCCCUGCCCUGAUAGGCCGCCGCACCUCUACCUUCACCACCACACUUCGCCUGGCUUUCCGCACCGCCGCAUGUGCGACGACACCAGUGACCUGCUCCGCGCCUACCGAGCCCAGAAAGACCGCGAUUUCGAGGACCCCUACAGCGGCCCCGGCUCGUCCCUGCUCAAGUUGCGUGCCAUGUGCCGCCCAGACUGUUCUGCGUCUGACGAUGUGGGCGAGGUGAGCCCUAAGGUUUUCUCCUCCUCGUCGUGCUGCGCCGCGCCCCCCGCCACCCGUGCAGCCGGAUCCCUGCACCUGUUUCGCAGCUACAGCGAGCGCAGCCCGUCGACUUCACCUGACAUGAAGUACAUCUCCCCCAAGCACCGGCUUAUCAAGGUUGAGAGUGGCAAGGAUGGCAUAGGCAAGAAGCUGAACAAGGAGUCUAAGCAGCUGGCAUCGUCUGUCCCCUCUGACAUGAAAGAUAAAGUAUUGAUAGCUGAUGACUACUCAGAUCCGUUUGAUGCCAAAAGUGAGUUGAACAGAAUGGGAAAAGGGGAAAACACUGGCUAUAUGGAACCAUAUGAAGCUCAGAGAAUAAUGACUGAGUUUCAGAAGCAGGAAGACACGAAGACCCAUCAGAAAAACAUACAGCUGUAUGACACACCUUAUGAACCAGAAGACAGUGGUGUUCACUCCAAUUCUGCAAGUGUGAUGAGUCACCAUUUACAAGAAAGCAAGUUGCCACAGGAUGAUGACAGGCCUGCAGAUGAGUAUGAUCAGCCGUGGGAGUGGAACAAAAUCACUAUCCCAGCUCUGGCAGCACAGUUUAAUGGAAGUGAGAAACGGCAAGCAUCUCCUUCUUCCUCAAAUGACCAGCGCAGGCAGUUAAGAGCACCCGGAGGAGGGUUUAAACCCAUCAAAUAUGGGAGUCCAGAAUUUUGUGAGAUCGUGGGAGAGAGAAUAGAUCCAACUAUUCAACUGGAAAAGCAGAUAUGGUAUCAUGGAGCGAUCAGUCGAACAGAUGCAGAAAACCUCUUACGCCUGUGCAAAGAGUGUAGCUACCUUGUAAGAAAUAGUCAAACAAGCAAGCAUGACUAUUCUCUGUCAUUGAAGAGCAGUCAAGGUUUUAUGCACAUGAAACUGAUGAAAACCAAAGAGAAAUACGUCCUGGGUCAGAACAGCCCUCCCUUCAGCAGCGUUCCUGAAGUCAUCCACUACUACACCACAAAAAAGCUGCCUAUCAAAGGAGCAGAGCACUUGUCACUGCUCUACCCUGUGGCUGUGCGGACCCUCUGA